AUGGUAGCGAAUAACACGGAUAUGCCAUUGUGGGUUAAAAUCACCUAUUUCUCCAUGGAGGCUCUCAUUGGACUCUUUGCUGUGGUGGGCAACAUGCUGGUCAUCUGGGUGAUCAAGUCGAACCCUAGCCUGAAGACCACCACCUUCUACUUCAUUGUCUCCCUGGCCCUGGCUGACAUUGCGGUUGGCAUAGUAGUCAUACCUGUGGCCGUUGCCAUCAGCCUGAACAUCUCCAUGGGCUUCUACGCCUGCCUCUUCAUGUGCUGUGUGCUGCUGAUCUUCACACACGCCUCUAUCAUGUCCUUGCUGGCCAUUGCUGUGGACAGAUACCUGCGGGUCAAGCUCACCAUCAGGUCAAGAAUUCAGGGGCUUCCUGGGUUACGCUCAUGGUCUCUCGUAAGGUUACCUGGUUUGCAGUCAUCUGAAGGCUUGAUUGUGGCCAGAAGAUCAACUCCAGACUCUCACAGAUCCAGGAUUCCUGAGGUCCCUCGGUUUUUAAAAUCAUUACAGUUGAAGGCUCACUUUCUUCCAGUCAUGAAGCUCUUCAUUCUGCUCUCUCUGGCUUUCUUCUCAGACGCCAUGGUCAUGGACAAAAAGGUCAAGGAAAGCUUUGUACUGGACACAGCUUCUGCCACCUGUGACUAUGAUGCCUAUUACAAGCAUCACACCAAGUAUUGGUGCCGGGGAUAUUUCCAGAACUACUGCAACAUCAUCGCCUUCACCCCUAACAGCACUGACCGUGUAGUCUUGAGGGACACAGGAAACCAACUCAUUGUCACUGUUUCCUGCCUGACCAAGGAGGAUUCAGGCUGGUACUGGUGUGGCAUUCAGCGGAACUUCGCCAGAGAUGACAUGGAUUUUACAGAGUUGAUUGUUACCAACCAAAGAGAAGCCCCAGCCAAUGGUUUGUGGUCUGAGAAAGAUACAGCAGUCAACAAGAACAUAAGCUGCAGGGCUUCCAAGGUCUUCCAAAAGGUGGAUCGUGUCAGCUACAGGUAAAGGCCUAGUGAGAAGACUGCAAACCAUUCAAGUUUUUUCCUGUGAUCCCUACUCCUUUGGCAACUCUUUGAAGUCCCUCCCGCAUGUCCAGACUCCAGCAAAAGAAAUGGCUCAUACCAAAGAUACGUGACUGAAGAUUCCUUUUAUUUUUGUUCAUAAAUAAAGUUAUUAUGUCACAAUAGGGUGACCGUGACAACUGGCAGACCUCUUCAAAGCUGAUUCUGAUCUCUCAGGCUUUCUGAAGGACCAUUUAACCUCACCAGCAAUUGCUUGCAGCCAGCUAACAGCAGUAGCAGAAGAGCUAUAGUAGAUCAUACUACACGAGGCUGCAAUCAAAUUACAUCUCCAGACUGUACUUCUCAUGCAUUUGAUUAGACAGAAAUGAAAAAGAGGUGCACAAUGUGAGGCCUCGAGGCUGCGGGGAUUCACCAGGGAACCAACCCUCUGCUCACCAGGACGCUUGACUGAUGAACAGGGAUUGAAAGCCACGCCGUGCAGAUUUGGGCUGGGCGAGAAUGCUCGGGACUCACUCACGCUGUGAGCGUCAUUCAGGGAAGGCAGAGGA